AUGGCUACAGCCGCUACAUCUCUUGCUGAUUUUCAUCAAAUGAUAAAACUAUUUGGUGCUGAUACGGAUGAAAUCACCAAUGGUGGGAUAGCACCAACGAUACCAACAGCUGCCACGUUUGUAUCAACGAAUGAACUUGAUGACGAUGACGACGAGGAUGAUGAUGAUGAUAAUGAAGCUGAAUUACAACUAGAUGAAGAAUCGCCGAAUUCAAGUGGCGGGGAAGAAACUAUGUCACACUCAUCAAUGGCAACUUCGUCAGUUCAAAUCAAUAAGGAUGAUUUAUCAUUAACAAAACCAAUCUCGUCAGCAGCAGCCGCUGCACGUCUAUCACGUUUAGCUAACCAGCGUAUCGAUUCAAAUCGAUUUUUAAUCUGUUCCGGAACGAAUUCAUACAACACAAUCCGUAAAACCAAACACGAAGUACGACGUUUUGCCUUAUACUUAGAAGACACAUUUGGUGAAACCUGUCCUAUCGAUGAGUUAAAACCUGAACAACUAUGCACGUAUCUCAAACACUAUUUUGGCAACGUUCGAAAAGCGGAUAAUACUGAAUACGAACCAGAUACAUUACGAAGUUUCAUGUUGUCAAUUGAACGUUAUUUAAAAUCUCGAAAGUAUCCGUGUAAUAUACUUGAAUCACCUGUUUUUGCACCGUGCCGAGAAGUGAUUCAAGAAAAACGCGACACAUGGGCGAAACCAAAUAAAAAUGUGUGCAAUUCCAAAGUCGAAGCAUUUACAUCUCAACACGAGGCGUUACUACGAAAAAUGAACAUCAUCACACGUGAUACACCCGAAGGUCUCCUAUUAGAACUGUUAAUCAACAAUUCGAAAUAUUUCGAUCAGCGUGGUUAUGAAUCAACAAUUAAUCGGUCAUUGUUAUGGGGUGAUUUAGAAAUCAAAGUAGAUUCGACUAAUUCACUAGAAUAUAUCGAAUACAAACGAACACCACAAAUAUCAACAAACAAAGAUUCGAUAGCAAAUGAUCUCCAAACUAAUCUCCGCGCUUAUGCAAUACCGUCACAUUCGCAUGAAUGUCCAGUUGUUGGUUUACGUCUUUUGUCCUAUCAUCGUCCACCACAAUGUUCGAAUGCAGAUGCACCUUUUUAUCUCGUACCACGUACAUCAGCUGAUCAACGUGUUUGGUACAAAACAAUUCGUGCUGGUCGCCAUCGGUUAGAUUUAUUACUUCAACAAGCUAUGCAAAAAGCGGGUGUCAACGGUAAAUUCUCAUGUAUGAGUUUACGCAAGGGCAAAAUCAAAGGAUUACUUGUUCCAACAACUUCCUCAACUAUGGCUUCCGUUACAACUUCAGAUAAUUCAUCGUCUUCUUCGUCACCAAUAACAAUGCCUAUAGAUGAAAAACCCAAGACGAAUGGAACAUCAUCGAAUGGUCACCAAUCGUUAUCAAAUAAUCAUAAACGGUCAACAAGUUCAACAUCCAAUUCUAAUUGUUCCGAAUUACUCGACUUAUCAUCACAUAAUAGUAAUCAUACGGCUGUCAAUCUAGCGAAAAAAGUUAAACGAGAAUCGAACUCACCAGCAGCUCUCUUACCAAUGCCAUCUUCCGUUUUGAACAAUAGUACACAUUCCAAUCACCAACAUUUAACAUCGAUGCUUCCACUUCAACAACAACUUCAAAAUCAUCAACAACGUUCGCUUGGGACUGUCGAUGAUCUACCAUCAUUGGUUGUUCAAACACCAACAUCCGUUUCGAUAUCAUCAUCAACAACAUCAAACAAUAAUGAUAAUCAUAAUCAUAAUAAACGUAAAUUAACCUCACAUGAUACAUUCACUGCACUUUACUCAGCAGCACAUUCGAAAUCGUCUCGACAAGCGAAAAUGAAUGUUUUACGUAAAUAUCUCGAAGAAACACUUGGUUUAGUCGAGUUUUUGACACUCUACGAAUACUUACGACGGAAUUCACAUAUUAAACUGCAAGGUACUCCAAUUGAACACUACGAACAUGUGUUGCCCGUUUUACUCACAUUGUUAAUGCUUGAAAAUACUGCAUAG